AUGAACCAAACAACUGAUGAAGAUAUGAAAGACAUGCUGGAAGACAUAUGUUACAAGUAUAUCGGACCCGUGCUUUGUGUGUUCGGUAUCGUCGGGAACAUCAUCAACUUGAUCGUGUUGUCACGCCAACAGCUCGUGGAAUCACCGUACAUUUACCUAAAGGCACUGGCUGUGACGGACAUGUCGGCCCUUCUCUUCUCCUUCCCCUUCAUGGUAGUAUCAAGAGAAGCAACGACCUUUCCUCUCAAGUGGUAUAACGCCUAUGUAUUCCUGCCUGUCGUCAACUUCUUCACGGCUUCCAGUAUCUGGAUAACAGUCGUGAUGACCAUAGACAGAUUCAUUUUCGUGAAAUUUCCGAUAUGGGCAAGAUGGCGAUGUAGUCGAUUUAGUGCGCAGGUGCGGGUUUGGAUUAUCCUUUUUGCGACUGUCUUGAUAAGUGUUCCGCGAUUAUUUUGUUACAAAGUAGUGCCUAUUGUGGUGGACAAUGCGAAUGUGACCGUGACCGACCUUCACGGGUACCGAAUCAAAUCUACCGAGUUUCGGCUGAGCGAGCAUUACCAGAUAAUGAACAUCGCCCUUAUCAUACUAAUUCACUUUCUGCCGCUCAUUAUUCUGUGUGUAAUUAACAUUUAUCUUAUCAUAGCCGUACAACAAGCACGCAUUGCGCGCGAGGAGCUCAAUCUGAGAAACAACAUGGAGACGGAGUGGCAGAAGGACCAACGACGGUUUACUAUCACACUUAUUAGCAUAGUGCUUUUAGCUAUCGUUUCCAUCUUGCCCGCAGCAAUUUGUGAUAUCAUGGUUGAGAUGAGAUUUGGACUCAAAUAUUCAAAGCUCAUGCAGAUUAUCGCUAAUCUUCUUAUGUGGCUUAAUCUGUCCAUGAACUUUAUCAUGUACUGUGCGUUCAACAAAAAAUUCGUGCGGGUUCUAAAGGACGUAAUGGGACGAAGCAUUUACCGAUUUCGGUAUUCACUAAAAAGCGUAGGAGGUCAAAGUGAAAUGACAACUAUGUAG